UGGGCUGUCUCAGAAUGUCUCGCUGGAAGAAGUUCAACGAUGAUGAUGUGCCGGACGACUUCGUGUUGCCUGCCGGCGACCCUGUUCGCGGCCGUUUGUUAUUUAAGAAGCACUGCGCGCAGUGCCACGUGAUAGAGAAGGACGAGGCGCUGGGGCCCAGCCUCUACGGGGUCUACGGACGCACGGCGGGGUCAGGGCCUCGAACUUCUUUAAUGGAUUCUUCUCAAGCCAUUAAGGACUCCGGCAUAGUUUGGACAGGGUUUGCGGGGCUGGUGUCUGCUGCAGAUAUUACACUAAUGCGCUACCUCAAAAACCCCCGACAAUUUACGCAGCAUCCUCUCAGCAUGAAUUUCAGGGGCCUGGACAACUGGCAGGACCGCGUGGACUUGAUAUGGUACAUAAAGGCUGCCUGCGAAGACAAAGCAAAAGAGCUGAAGGAGGGGCUCUCUUCAGUGCGCUUGAAGCUGCAGCAGCAGCCAAAGCAGCAGCAGCAGCAGCAGCAGCAGCAGCAGCAGCAGCAGCAGCAGCUGCACCCUGCGGGGGGAGCAGCAACAGCCACGGGGGGCCCCAUGGGGGGCCCCACAGGAAACCCUCAUGGGGGGGGCCCCCCUGAAAGGGUUUCAGAAGCUUGA